UUCAGCUCGACAAACGCGUUAGUCAUUUGAUAGUGAAAAAUUAAUUAACAAAAUAAUUUAAAGUGUUAAAUUGGGUCGAAAGCUGAAACAAAUAAUGGCCACGAAAACAAGCACAAUUGAGCGCAACGGCCAUGCGGCCAAAUCCUCAACGCUGCGGGAAAUUUGCGCGCGCGCCAUCACAAAAUCCGAGUGGGAGGACAAGGAGGAGUUCCUCGAUGUGAUCUACUGGUCGCGCCAGGUGUUCGGCAUCUUCCUGGGCGUCAUCUGGGGCAUAGUCCCCCUGAAAGGCUUCCUUGGCCUCGUACUAUUCGCCGGCAUCAGCUGCGGGAUCGUCUACCUGUACGCCAUCAACUUCCAGAACGUGGACGAGGAUGCCUACGGCGGCGUUUGGGAGCUGAUAAAGGAGGGAUUCAUGACCUCGUUCGCCGGAUUCCUGGUCACGUGGAUCAUCUUCUACACCGGUCUGCACUACGACACCAUAAUGGCGGCAAAGGUCUCCUAAUAGCCACCACCAGCCAUAUCAGACCAGGAGCACCAGUUCCCGAUUCCAAUCACCCAGCCAGCUGCUCCUCCGAUUUUUUUAUCCCCUUCGUAACUCACUCGUAGAUUGUUAAACUUUUAGCCAAUUAUGUUCAUGUAAAUGCAUUUCCACGGUGGCCAGCUGACCCCCGAUCUUUCCGUGAAAGAUCCUCCGGCCGGCGGCCGUAGUUGAGAAGAUAUAUAUAUAUUUGUGAAUGUCCAAAAUGCAGAAUGCGAUGAAUCAA